CUACCAAGGGAAUAUCUUCUCAUCACGAAGCAGAGUGAUAACCUUUCUUCUUGCAAUUCUCUUUGUGCUCUUCCAGUAUCCCUUCCCAAGCAAGUAUUUCAUGUCAGCGGGCGGAGCAACGGUGCAAAUGCGCAAACCCCAAAACAAAUUGAAUGGGGCGUUCUGGGAUGUCGACCGAAAAAGGAGUGGAUGCAUGCACGCACGCACGCACGCAUGCCGAUCAGUUUCCGGGAGAUUGUGCUUCUCUUAUGGCCUUUUUUUGUUUCUUCUGCUUUUCUGGCAGUCCUUGUUUUCUUCUUCAAUCAUGUCAAUAUCCCUGAAAAUAUCACGUCCAUGUUCGAAACUUAAAUUGUCUUGCAGCUCAGGACCGAGCUCAAGCUACCUAGUAAACUCUCCCCUGACCCGUAAACUCCAACCAAAUUAACCAAGUAAUCUCCGACUUGGUAGCUCGAAGCUCGAAAUCUGGGUUCUAGGCUUCCCCGUUGCAACCACAUAGGAUUGUACCAAGCCCCUAUUGCAGUACACGA